CAACGCUCGGUCUCCGACCUUACCUCCACGACACUUUUCUGCCGUUAUGCCCGCUAGGACAAAGAAGAAGAAUACUCUCUCCGAAGAUGAAAUAUCUUUGAAAAUUCGCCAAAUUUUUGAUCAAGCCCAACAUUCUGUCACCAGCCACAAGAAAAACGUCGUCGAGCUCUACAAGUGCCAUGCAGAAAUGGCCAGGAUGAGAUUCUCUGAAACCAAUCAGCUGUCCGGGGAAACCAGAUUUCUGGAGAUUGUCAGUGAGCUUCUAAGCCGCAUCUUUCUCAUAAAGCGUGCCGAGAAAUCUACGGAAAACAUUGUCAAACUAGUGGGAGCCUACGUCAGAUUAAUUAAUGAAAGAGCGAUCGAGGAGUUGCGAGGAAGAGAAGACGACGAGGUCGACGACGACGAGGAUACAUUGGCGUCUCGGUUCACUUUCGGUUUUUGUAAAUUCUUGCUGUCAGGAUUCAGAGCAAAAGACAGGAAUGUGCGCUUCAGGGUAGUUCAAACAUGUUCUGCUGUGGUAUCGCACUUAGGGGAAAUCGAUGAGGGGCUCUGGAAGUCUAUAUGGAUGCAUUUGGAGGAUCGUCUUAAGGACAAAGAUGCUGCAGUACGAACGCAAGCUGCCUUUGGACUUUGCAAAUUUGCCGGUGCAGAGGACCCCGAAAGUGAAGACAUACCAGUUACACUGACACUACGAAAUACCCUAUCGGCUGAUGAUUCUGCGGAUGUUCGUCGUGCAAUCCUUUGGAAUAUCCCUACCAACGACAUCACAAUGGAUGCCAUACUUGAUCGGCUACGAGACCGCGACACUUCUGUCAGAAAAAACUGCUACAUCUUUCUCAAACGCAACGCCUUGCAAAAUAAUGAAAUUGGUCCGACCCAUCCUCGCAUAUUAACCAUUGCACAACGAGAGAGGAUCGUGUGCAACGGAACGGGUGAUCGCGAAGACUCCGUCCUGGACGCUGCCAGAGACCUGAUUGCAACAUGGUUUGAUCUCGCUGAAGAAAUACCCCUGAAGCAGGAGGGCCUGGACAAGGACGAGCAUGCAGCGAGCGAAGCCAAAUUUAUGGCUUUUUUGUCUCUGUUCGAUUUGCUAGUCGCGCCAAAGUCGGCAGAGAAAGCGCUCCUAAGUAUCUUUGAAACGAAACCCAAUGAAACUAAGCUGCUGACUUGUGAAGUUCGUCAGAUGUCCCCAGAGUCAGCUUUUCUUGCUCGCGUGUACAUCGAAAGUUUGCAGAGAUUCAAGACCGAAGAGGACAAGAUGAAAAAGCUAGAGACGCUGGAGAAUUACCUUCCUUCGGUGACUGGCUACCUCUUUUCCUUGCAGCAAGCAUACAAUGAUUGUGAAUUCCGAGAAGAGGACCAAAAGGAUAAGAAGGAGUUUUGCCUUGAGGAAAUGCUGAAAAUCACGACGCAUCUCGAUUAUGGCGAUGAGACUGGGCGGCGUAAUAUGUAUCAAUUGAUCAAAUCAAUCCUUGGAGAGGAUCUUCCUGAAAAUAUUCUUAUAGGGUGCAUGCGGGUUCUUCCUUUUAUCACAGCGAGCGAGCGAGAUCUCAUUCGGGUCGUGGUCGAGCUCAUCCAUGACUUUAGAGAUCCCGGAGACGAUAUCGAUGCCAUGGCACGGGAGGCCGAGAGAGAUCCCGACGCGAGCUUUGAAAGCAUGCCCAAUACGCCCGCGCGACCCAGUAUGCAGAUACCUGUCCAAGAGAAGUCUCCAGAGGAAAAGGCUUCGACCGACCUUAAAUGCCUGACGAUGAGUAUUGCAAUGCUGGAGCAGGUCAAUGAUACAAUAAGCAACAAUUCUUCCUUGAAUGGACUAUUUAAAGAUCUCAUCCUACCGAACGUGAGCAAGCCUAUCGACGAUAUUUCACGGGACAAAGCUUGGACAUGUCUCGCUUUGAUAUGCCUUAUUGAUCAGAAACUUGCAAUCAAGACAGUCCCGAUGUUCCUUCAACACUCAGCCACGGCUCCAGAGGAACUCAAGAUAAUCAUUCUGCAAGGACUCUUUGACAUUCUGAUGGUUUAUGAACGCGCUAUUCUGAGUCCAGAAAAUGCCCGAGUGUUAGCCGAUAGUCUGAUUGCAAAAUUGGACGUCGAAACGUCAGCAAAAGUUCAGGAAGUGAUCUGUCAUGGACUGGCGAAACUCGUCAUGGCGGGCAUUUUCAAGGAUAAAUUGAUCAUUGUUCAUUUGCUCAUGGCGUAUUUCUCACCGGAAACGGUCGGCAACCAACCGCUCCGUCAACUUCUGUUGCACUUCUUCCAUUUUUAUUCUGCAUCGUCACCGGCUAACAAGCGACUCGUAGCAGAGGGCUUCACUGACACCUUGCAGGAGCUUGGUAAAAUCCGAAAGGAUCCGUUCAACGACACCAUGAUUUCUCCGACACUCAUCAUCGGACAUUUUGUGACAUGGACAAACCCGUACACCUUCAGGGUGAACCAAGAGACUGUCAUCACCGAGGAGCACCCCUUGUAUCGCGAUGCUGCUUCCAUUCAGUUCACGAUGGCGAUUGAUAUUGCCAAGAUCCUCUUAAAGGAUACUCUUGACAAGGACGACAAGAAAGCCCUUUGUACAACUAUUGGAAAAUUGCAUAUACCUGACAGCCCUGACGACAACGAUGUACGCACUCUCAAGAUGCUAUUAUACAGGUUGCAAUCGCGUCAGCCGGUCAAAGAUGCCACAGCAAAGAAUGCCAUAAAUAAGUUCGACGCGGCCCUGUCGAAGAAGUUCGAAUUGCAACUUGCCAACUUCAGUGAAAAGGAGUACAGGGAAUUGGCCGAGUUGAAGCAGCUCUUCUCGUUCCUUGACGACCUCAUUCCAUUAGACGACGACGACGAAGUCAUCGAUGUCAAGCCUAAGAGGACGCGGAAGAGGCGAUCGGGCAGUGUUACAAGCCUUAGCUCCGAAGAAACUGAUUAUAAGCCAAAGGCUAAAGCAAAGAAACGAUGCAUCCCUGGUUCCGAUGAUGGGUCUGAUUUUGAGACCGAGCGGGCAGAACAUACAUCGUCGCCUCCGCCGAGGAUGAAGAGGAGGACAAAUCCCAAGCGAGCAGCGUGAGUUCUGUCGUCGUCGGCCUAUUAACCCUACUAACGAUCCUGGGCCAGUGCACCCAAGGAUGCGGUCUUGAUCGACUUGACACUGGAUUCUGAUGAUGAGAUGGAGCCAACAC